AUGGAUAUGAAUACUAAUUUUAUUGUUUUUUAUUUAUUUAUUAAUUAUGUGGAUCAUUUUUCAUUUGUUACAAAUGAAACUUUUAAUAUUCGAUAUUUAAUAAAUGAUACUUAUUGGAAUAAUAAAACGGGUCCCAUUUUUUUUUAUACCGGAAAUGAAGGAGACAUUGAAGUUUUUGCACAAAAUACGGGAUUUAUGUGGGAAAUAGCACCGAAAUUUAAUGCUCUUUUAAUAUUUGCCGAACAUCGUUAUUAUGGAAAAUCUCUUCCUUAUGGAAACAAAACAUUUUCUGAUCCAAAAUAUUUAGGAUAUUUAACAUCCGAACAAGCUUUGGCCGAUUAUGUGGAUUUAAUAGCUCACCUUACGUGGAACGAUAAUAAAUCAUAUAAAAAUCCCGUCAUUGCUUUUGGGGGAUCCUAUGGAGGAAUGUUAGCAGCUUAUAUAAGAAUGAAAUAUCCUCACAUGGUGGCGGGAGCGAUUGCGUCUUCUGCUCCAAUAUGGCAGUUUACCGGUUUAACACCUUGCGAUGUUUUUUCAAGAAUAGUUACUUCCGAUUUUGAAAUUGAAAAUAAAUCGUGUUCGUUUAACAUAAGAAGAUCUUGGAAUAUUAUUAAUAAUAUUACAUCGAACGAAGAUGGAUUAAAAUGGAUUACGAACGAAUGGAAAUUAUGUAGACCGUUAAAAAAUUCAACGGACGUGAGGGAUCUUAAAAAUUGGUUAUCCGACGUUUACAAUAAUUUAGCAAUGGUUAAUUAUCCUUAUCCAACGAAUUUUUUAACGCCAUUACCGGGAUAUCCGAUACGAAAAUUUUGUAAAAAAUUACAAAAUACAACGGCAACGGGUAAAGAUUUAUUAAAUUUACUUUAUAAAAGCGUUACGGUGUAUUUUAAUUAUACGGGAUCAUCGAAAUGUUUAAAUUUUGACGAUAGUACGCCAUCUUUGGGAGCCGACUUGUGGGAUUAUCAGGCUUGUACGGAAAUGGUAAUGCCGAUGUGUCAAAAUGGCAACACCGACAUGUUCGAACCGCAAGAAUGGGAUUUAUUGAAAUUUACCCAUGAAUGUGAAAAAAAAUGGAAAGUUACACCUAAACCAUAUUUAAUUGAAAAACUUUACGGUGGAAAAGAUUUAUCAACGGCUUCUAAUAUUAUAUUCAGCAAUGGUUUAUUGGAUCCAUGGGCAGGUGGUGGAGUUUUAAAAGUUAAUUCUAAAACAAUAAAAGUUGUCCUCAUACCAGAAGCUGCCCAUCAUUUAGAUUUGCGUGCAACUACUCCAAUCGAUCCCCUUUCGGUCAUUGAAAGCCGUAAACUAUAUAAAAAAAUUAUUUACCUUUGGAUAAAAGAACACGAAAUCAAUUCAAUUAUUCAAAAUGUUUAA